ACAAAACGAAUUCACCAUCCAUAUAAUGUAUAAGGUCCAAACUCCACAACAUUAGUGCAAAGCAAUAGUGGAGUGUGGUCGUGACACAAUGGAUUAUAUCGUGAGAGCGUACGACAUAGUGUUCUAUGAAAGAGCAGAUCCCCGCCUCCUAGACUGGUCGCUCAUGGGCUCACCAUGGCCUCUCUUCUUCAUCAUAACCACCUAUCUGGCCGUCAUCAAGAUCAUUUUACCGGCCUAUAUGAAGAACAGGCCGCCUUACGAACUGCGAGGCGUCAUAAAAUGGUACAACGUGGUCCAAAUUAUCGCUAACGCUGUUGUUGCUUGGGGGAUAAUGACCUCAGGCUGGACAACGACCUACCACUUCGGCUGCGUGCUCCCCGACUACUCCCUCAACCCUGAACCCUUAAGGAUGCUCCGGUUCCUAUGGUGGACCAUUAUACUGAAGCUACUGGAGCUGCUGGAGACGGUGUUCUUCCUCAUGAGGAAGAAGGACGGGCAGGCGUCGUUCUUGCAUGUCUACCAUCAUUGCAGCACGCUCACUAUUAUUUGGGUGGGGACCAAGUAUGUUGGUGGUGGAAUAACAUCCUUCUCGCCGAUGAUCAACAAUGCCGUGCACGUCAUAAUGUACCUAUACUACCUUAUGUCGGCCGAAGGCAGUCCGGUAGUCAAAGCAACACUCAUAAAAUACAAGAAAUGGCUCACUAUUGUGCAGAUGAUCCAAUUCACAUUCAUGCUUGUGUACAGUGCUCAAGUGUUCCUGCCGAGCUGCCCGGCCUCAAUGGGUGUGCCACUACUAUACUUCCCUAAUGUGGUAUUUGUUUACUACAUGUUCUUGAACUUCUUCAGAGAAAGCUAUAUCAGGAAAGACAAAGCGUUAAAUGGGAACGGAGUGAAGAAAUCUGAAUAACUAAUUUAUUUUAAUGUA